GCUUCGCUCGGCCCCGCGCAGCCGCUUCCGGCGGCUUCGGCCGCGAUGGCGGCGCCCGGCGGGGACGGGGUCGGGGGCGGCGGGCGGCCCUGAGGCCUCGCCGGGCCAUGGGCGGCGUCCUGGGCCGCGCCCCGCGCCGCGGGGACACCCUGGGCAGCCCCGGCAGCUUCGAUGAGCUGCACCGGGCCUGCAAAGAGGUUUUCCCACAGCAGAUGGAGGGCGUGAAGCUCAUCGUCACCAAGAUGCUGAGUAGCCACUUCCAGGUGACACACUCGGUGCACAUGAGCACCCUCGGUGCCUCCGGCUACCGCUUCAACGCCACCUUCGUGGGCGACCGGCAGCUCAGCCCCACAGAGGCCUUCCCCACGCUGGUUGGGGACAUGGACAACAGCGGCAGCCUCAACGCCCAAGUGCUGCACCUCCUGGGCGAGCGCAUCCGCACCAAGGCCGUCUUCCAGACCCACCAGGCCAAGUUUGUGACGUGGCAAUUCGACGGCGAGUACCGGGGUGAUGACUGCACCGCCACCCUCACGCUGGGCAACCCCGACCUCCUCGGCGAAUCCGUGAUCCUGGUGGCCCAUUUUCUCCAGAGCGUCACCUCCCGCCUGGUGCUGGGCGGCGAGAUGGUUUACCACCGGCGGCCCGGCGAGGAGGGAGCCAUCCUGACGCUGGCCGGCAAAUACACGGAUCCCAAGUGGGUGGCGACACUCAACGUGGGCUACGGCGGUGCCCACGCCAGCUACUACCACCGCGCCAACGACCAGGUGCAGGUCGGCGUGGAGCUGGAGGCCAACACGCGCCUGCAGGACACCACCUUCGCCUUUGGCUACCAGCUCAACUUGCCGCAGGCCAACAUGGUCUUCAGAGGGCUCCUGGACAGCAACUGGAGCGUCGGAGCGGUGCUGGAGAAGAAGCUGCCGCCCCUGCCCGUCACCCUGGCUCUGGGCGCCUUCCUCAACCACUGGAAGAACCGUUUCCACUGCGGCUUCAGCGUCAUCGUGGGCUGAGGGCCCGCGGGGGCGGCCGGCCCGCGCCACCACCUUGCUCAGGGAGCCACCACGCCGUGCCGCGGCUGUGCCGGCUGAGCCCUGCUCCCGCACUGCGGUGCCGGCGGAGCCGGCGAAGGGGGGAUCUGCUCCCUGGUGAUUCGGGGACUCUGCGUGACGGCGCCCAGCGGCCCUCGGCGCCUUCAGGAUUGGCAACGGCCGCCACUCUGGGCCCUCCUCGCCCUGGUGCCGCGCUUCCCAUGGCUCCCACCGCCACUCGGCCGCGGUUUCCCUCCGGCGGCACGGCGGGCAGCUCU